UUAACUUGGGGACAGUUUGCUCAGUAUUAUUUAACAGAAUUUAAUCGUGAAAUCAUCAAGUGUAAAAUGUGUCCACCUGGCACUUUCUGGAAUGGAAACUGUUACAAAGACGGUGGUCAGGCAAUAUGUCAGGACUGUUCCGAUGGACACUUUACAAACGCCUACAAUCGAGAGUUGUAUUGUAGAAGGUGUACAGAAUGCAAAGGAAAUAAUCAACCAUCAGGUGAAGUUAUGGCAGAGGCAUGUACACGACUUCACGACACGAAAUGUGAGUGUAAACCGGGUUACUGGAGGGAAAAAGGAAGGGUCGGCGAUUGUCGAGAAGUAUCGCCGUGUAAGCCUAGAUAUGGCGUAAAGAAAAUAGCGGACAGUCACAACAAUACAACAUGCGAGAGAUGUGUUAACGGGAAGACCUUCUCCAACAUCAGUUCCGAGGUGGCGACUUGCCAGAACUGUUCAGUUUGUCCUGAGGGAUGGGCGCAGAAAACGCCUUGUAACGAAUCAAACGAUACUGUGUGCAUUCCAAAAGGUGAUUUAUCAUUGUAA